AGGUGGAAUACUGGCUAAUUGCAAUUUACCUGCCAACAAUUGCGUAUAUAGACAUAAGUUUUAAGGUCGCGCUUCGUCUAUUAUCAUACUGUUAUUAUUAUCAUCACUAUAAUUAUCAUUAUUAUCAUUAUUUUUUGUUUGUUUAAAUUUUAAAAAACAAAAAAAUUAUAAUUAAAUUGUUCGAGGUGUUUAAUUAAAGUGGCUGAAUUUACUGGAAUAUAAUAAUAAUAAAAAAUCAUCGUAUUGUUAAUUUUUAAAUUAAUUAAUUCUUUUUUAAAAAAUUGCACAUGAGACGAGGUUCAGUGAGCACCUGGGAACCAUGGGCUCGAAGAAAUUCUGCCAAUAUGGCCCAGUAUGCAACAAGUAGACAAGAAUUUAUGACUAGUGAACCAGGAAUUGAAUAUCAAAGAGGUGGUGGAUUUUUUUUAUCACAUAGAAAAAUUGCAAUUUUUAUAACAGUUAUAUUUCUUUCACUGGUUGCUGUUGGUUUUGUUGGUGCUUAUGUUGGUGCAACACCACGAAAAAAGGUAUUUGAUGCAACAGCUUUGAUUGCUGGAGAUGCUGGAUCAGAACCAGCUGAUGCAGCAAAAUAUAAACUAUCAAAUUCAAUAUUUCCAUCACAUUAUUUCAUUGACUUGUUGCCAAUUAUUGAUGACAAUGGUAUCACAUGGGUACGUGGUAGAGUUGUCAUUAAUUUUCACUACAAUGAUACAUCAAAUUUAUCAAAAAUUAUUCUCAAUGCAAAAGGAAUGAAUGUGACAAAUAUUAAAAUGACUUCUGGUUUUAUUAAAAAUCAUACAAGACAACAAAGAGAUGUGCAAAAUACAACAGCUCAAUUUUUAAAUGAAACAACAAUAAAAGAUGAUAAUUCUACAAUUGAAUCAUCAACAAUUCCAGCUAAUAUUUCAGACAGUCAAGAAGAAAUGCCAAGAACAAUUGAAAUAAAAAAUAAUGAAAUUGAUAAUGAACAUGGAAUAUUAACAAUUGAUCUAGCAUCUGAAAUUAAUUCUGGAUUAUAUACAUUAGAUAUUAAUUAUGAAACUCAUGUUGAUAAUCGUACACUAUUAAUUGCAAAUUUUAGUGACGAAAGUGCAGACAGAUGGCUAAUGGCAAGUCAAUUAAAGCCAAUAAAUGCUCGUCGUCUUUUUCCAGUCUUUGACGAUGUUAAACUCAAAGCGAAAUUCAUUCUCUCUGUCAACCACUCUGCUGAUACAACUGUAUUAUCAAAUUCACCUCUAAAAUCAAGAACCAUCACACCAACUGGUCUUGCUGUUGAUGUGUUUGAAGAGACACCACCAAUAUCGCCUCACAAUUUAGCAUUCAUUCAAGGCCAAUUAAUGCCACUUGGAAAAAUCAUGACAAAUGAUACAAAAAAUUUAACAAUAAAUUUUUGGGGACAAUGGAGUGAAAAUUUAGAUCCAAGUUAUUUAAAAGAUUCAAUAAUAUUAGUUAUAAAUUAUUUUGAAGAAUUAUUUAAAGUUAAUUUAACAAUGAAUAAGCUAGAUGUUGUUAGUGUUCCAUUUUCAAUUAAUUCUGCAAAUCCUGGUUUAAUAACAAUCAGAGAACCAUUUUUUAAUGUGACUAAAGUAUCACCAGGUGUUACAAGAUACGAGACACUGAGAACAUUGAUACGUUUGAUUGGACAACAAUGGCUUGGUGGUUUAGUAAAUUCACAAAAUUGGACAGAUGUUUGGAUAUUAGAAAGUUCAUUAAUUGACAUUCAACAUGAGAUAAUUCAAAAAAUAGAUCCAUCAUUUAAUCAUUCAACAUUUUUACUUGAUGUACAAUUGGAAGCAUUUGAAGCUGACGGAUAUAGUGUCUCUCAAUCAUUAGAUACCAAGGUCAAUCCAACUUACUUGGAUGCAUUUCAUCCGGAUGAAUUGUAUGACAGAGGUGCAUGUCUUUUACGCAUGAUGCAUGGUGCAUUAAGACACAACGAAACAACAACUGGCUACCGGAAAUUCGUAUCUUCGUGGAUAUAUGAUAAUGCUGAUGUUUCGUCAUUCUUGGAAGCUAUGACUGAUAAUUCAACUGCUCUUCCUGAUGGUACAACACCAAUUGAAGCAAUUAAUUCUUGGAUUGGUGGACAUGGUUAUCCAUUAUUGACAAUUGACAGAAAUUAUGAUGAACAAACAGCAACAGUUAGACAGAGUCGUUUCACUUUUGAUAAUUUAACAAAUGACCAUAAAAAACCUUGGUACUUACCUCUAACAUGGAUAAAAAAUAAUAACGACACAUCAUCACCAUCAUUCAUGUGGAUAAAGCCAUCAGAUGAUCAGACGUUAAUCAAUGAAAUGGGUGACAAUAAUACCUGGUUAAUAUUCAAUAUAAAUUCAAUUGGAUAUUAUCGUAUUAAUUAUGAUAAAUAUAAUUGGCAAUUAAUUGCAAAUGCAUUGAUUGAAAAUCCAACGAUAUUUCCAUCAUCAGUUAAAGCAUCAUUGAUUGAUGAUGUUUUGAGUUUAGCAUUUGUUGGUAAAACAACAUACCUAACAGCAUUUAGUAUUAUAAAUUAUUUACAAAAUGAAAGUCAACCAGAACCUUGGUCAGCUUUAAUGGGUCAUGCUAUUAAACUUAAUCUUGUACUAUCUGAUACAGCAGCUUAUCCAAGCUAUCAGCAAUUUAUGAGAAAAUUAUCAUCAAAUCUUUUUAAUGAAUUUGGUCUGCAAAUUGAUGCUGGUAAAAGAAUGACACUUAUUGCUCAUCAAUUAGGAAGUGCAUUUGAAAGUACAGAGUAUGUUGAUUGGGUUAAAAAAAAUUCUGUUGAUUUAAAAAAUUCAUAUGGUUGGAAAAAACGUUAUGUUGUACCAUCAUAUUUACGUGAAAGUUUACUUUGUACUUUGGCAAAACUUGAGGAUGAACUUGGCUGGCAAUGGUGGAAAGACAAAUUAGGAAAUAUAACUAAACGCGACAAUGAUAGAAAUUCGUUUUUGUCAUCUUUGGCUUGUUUCCAAGUUUCAUGGAUGUUGCAAGCGGUCCUGAAUGAAAUUGUUGAAGGUUCAUUUUUUGAAAAUGAUGAAUCACUUGUUAUACUCAAAGAAUUUAAUAAACAUCCAGCAGCAUCAGAAGUUGCAUUUAAAUAUGUACAAACAAAUUGGCCAAAAAUACUUACAAGAUUCGAAAAAUCCUAUCCAAUCCUCAGGGCAUUUAUAGGUACUUUAGGAAGUGGUUUUACAACUGAAAAAGAUUUGAUAGAUUUUCAGAAUUUUAGAGAAAGUAAUUACGACAGUCUUAAGCCAGUUGGUUAUAUAACAGCAUUUGUCGAAGCCAAGGGUAACUCUUGGGUAUCAUUUUUAAAUAAUUCAUUUGUUGAUUUUGAUAAGACAAUUCGUAAAAUAGUUGAAAUAGUAAAUUAACAUUUAAUUAUCCUCAUUUACAUAAAAUUCAAUCAUCAAAUAAACAAAAAUAAGUAACUUAAUUAAACAAUAAUAAUUAAAAUUAAAUAAUUAAUUUAGCAUGAUAAUUAAAUAUCAUUGUAAAAUGAUUUUUAAAAUAAAAAUUUUACUGUCAAUUUAUAUUAUUAAUAGGAUAAUUUAAUAAAGUCAUAUUAAAAUGAAAAAAAUAAAUAAAUAUACAACACGCAAUAAAAUAAUCAUAAUUUCUACGACAACAAAUUUUUUUUUUUAUUUUUUCAUAUGCUUUUCAUUAAGCAUGAUUACAAAACCAAGCAACAAUAAUUACUUUUUUAUUAUUUUCUUUACUCUGUUUUUAAACUCUCAAUAAUGACGAUAAUAUAUUAUUUAUUAUUAAUUUUUUUUUUUAUGUAUAUUAUUAAUACAUAUUUAACAAAUUUUACGAUAUAUAAUUUUAUUAUUAACUUUUUAACUAACGACGAAUUUAAGAUGACUAUUAUAAUUAUAUUCAUCAAUUUAUAAUAACAUAAAUAAUUAAAAACUAUUUGUUAUUUCGUACUGUUACAGUUUAUUAUUAUUAUUAUUAUUUUCAUUUAAAUAGUUUUUUUAUUUAUUUCUACAAGUUACAUUUUAUCCAACCAUAGUGUCGACGUUUUAUUUACUUUUUUUAAAUUCAAUGUAAUAUCGAUGUGUGUUUGGUGCUAUAGUUGGGUUCGGUUGUCGUCAGAGGCAACGGGGUCAUUGAUCGUUAUACACCUGGGAUUUUUGAAGUAAAAAUUUAUUUACCACCCACAACUGACAAUCUAUCUAUUCCUCAUUCAACUAUCCUAUUUUAAACUCUUUUUUAUUAUUUUUUUUAUUACUUUUUUUUUCAACCAAACAAGCACAUCAUCCUUUCCUCAAAGUAUAUUUUUAUCAAUCGGAUGAAUGUCACUCUCAAUGUGACGAGACAUUUUAACCGAUAACCCAGCAAAAGGCAAGUCAUUAAAAACAAAAUUUUUAUUAUUU